CGGAACCGAUGAAACCACUAGCGCGAUCUGUCUUGCGUUCGUUAUAAAUGGAUUUGAAAAAUUAUAGUGGAAUAAUAUCAACAAAGAUGGCAGUUUCACUUGAAAGUUGUAAACUGGUGAAUUGGAAAGCUGAUAAAUGGAGCAAUAUGUCAGAAACAGCGGGAAUAUCGCAAGGAUUGGGCAAUCCUUACAAAAUUGUCGAUCACGCCAGGGAAAAACGAAAGGGGAUUACUGCUUCAUCUCUGAAAGAAUUGACUAGCAUCGCACGAAGCCGGCUGUCUUUGCCUUUGGAUGCUGAACUUACGAUUGUUUUAGAGCAAGACGGCACCGAAGUAGACGACGAAGAUUAUUUUGCAACAUUAGAAAGGAACACUAAUUUAAUGGUGCUACACGGAGAUCAAAAAUGGGUGGCAGCGGGAAGUAGUAAAGCUGCUUCUCGUUACAUUGUUGUAGACGAUGUAGAUAACAUAGAAGGUGGAUCAAGGGGAGAUGAAAUCAGAAGGCGUCGGCCACCAAUAGAACCAUUGGUUUCGUCGUUGCACGGAGAUCCAUCGCAUAUAUCGUUACUUAGUGGUAACGAUUUAGAAUUACUCAGUGAUAUGGAUCCAGAUAGCUUAGCCGAUAUAGUGCCUGACAGAAUUUUCCUGGAACAAUUAAAAGAAGCCUCAGGUAGAUUUCUGGCUGAGAAGCGACAAGCACAGGAGUCGAUGGCUCUUCUUCAGAUGUAUGCAAGUGGUGGAGAGAUGGAGCGAGCGUAGGCCAUGUGGGGGGUGGGCGCCCUCACAUUGGCUAAUAUGUAUCGAGUUCGACGUCGCAUAUUUUAUAAAGGUCGCCAACUACAACAAACUUUAAUCCUUUUCUGGAAUUGAGCCCAUUACAUUUAUAGCGCAACGAUCUAUCGCGCCAUCUAUUACCAUCAUACUAUUCAUGAAAAUUGAAUGUUUCCAUUGUCAGUGAAAAUCUGGAAAUUCUUCUAUGCAGAAUUUGAAAGGAUCCAAUGGUGAAGAAACACGUACAGGAACUGAUAAGUUCCCAUUUUUGACAGAUGGUCAAAAAUCAUUUCUGAAGUAUUGCAAGUAUUUACUAAAUAUGUGAACACAGAAAUUUAUUAGCAAAAGAGAACCGCAUUGAAAGUUGAUGCUUGUCCAUAUUAUAAGUUAAUACUAACGAUAUGUAGUUUUAUUUUUUUGUUAAUAGUCAGUUAUUUUUUAGUAUUUUUAAUUUUGUGCAAAUCGAUGGCACGAGUACGCUUUAGCGUUAUUCCUUUUCGUAGAAAGUGGCAUAAGGAAUUGCUUUCCUGCAAAAUGAGAUUCCAAAUACAAUUAUUGCGUACAUGCAAUUUAGCCGUUGAAUAAUCUGAGUGUACUACAUAAACAAAAAACUAUAUAGAAAUAUCAUGUCAAAGAAAACAUUCCGUCACGAUGUUGUCAUAUCAGUAUUAGCAAAAAGACGACACAUUUGGUUUAUGAACUUUUGUAUGUAGAUAUAUUAUACCAAGUUUUAGUUCAACGAAGAUCGAUGAAAUGUUUAAGACUGAAUUCAUAGAGAAAGAAUGCAUCCCCAUUAUGAUCACCAAUUCAUUGUACACUAAAUUUAGCGUUGUAAUAGGAAAAAAAAACAAUAUCAGCCUUUGAUACCAAAGUUAUGCAUUUGAUAAAAAAAAAAAAAGCUGCAGAGGAAGAAGAAAAUGCGCCAGUGUUUCUGUAAAGAUUACGCAUAUGCAUACAAAUGUUGCAUUAAAGUAUUUGUAUAAUUGUAUCUGUACUCGUUAUAGAUAGAAGC